AUGUUUAAGUUUAAUAAUAAUAAUAUAAAUUCUCAGAAUGUACUUAAAAAUAUAUUCAACAUGAGAUAUUCUUUUAAUAGUGGUCAAUUAAACUCUUAUGGUGGAAUCGGAAAUACAGAUCAAGGAAUAUCCAGGAACGAUAAGGGGGGAGUAGUAAGUUACAAUGGAAUUGGAUUUGUGAAUCAACAGAAUUACCUAGAACAGCUAAUAAAGUACCAGAAAGCCCAGCUUCAACAGCAACAGCAGCAACUUUUACUUACUCAACAACAGUAUGAAUACAAUUUACAACUUCAAUACCAAUACCAACUGCAACAACAAUUAAAUCAGAGCCACCUAAAUGUACACCAGAAUCCACACAUUCACAACCAUCAAGUAAAUUUGACGGGAGUAGCAGGAACAGUGGAUUCCCAAGUAAAUGAAAAGGUUGAAAAUAUGUAUUCAGGGGUUUAUUAUUCAAAUAAUCAAGAAGAAUUUCAAUCAUUAGAGCCAUAUGAAAUAAUAAUAAUACCAAAGUGCGAUAAUACUGUAACAGUAAGAGAUGUUUCACAUGUAGAUCUAAGUAAGAACAGGAACUCUAGAUCUCGAGAAAUGGAGAUUGAGGUUGAGAUUAAAAAAGGGGAUAAAGAUAUUGAGCUUGAAAAUAUUAGAGACGAAAUUCUCAGUGAAAAGAAGAUCAGUAUGAAUUCUGAUAAAAAUCAAGAAAUAGAGGUAAAUGUUUAUGAGACAAAGAUCUAUAAAGGAGAUUUAUGCUCAAAAAAUGAUGUUACCCAAAUAUUGGACGAUUUAAGUUCUGAUUCACUUAAUAAUCGCAAUAUAGAAGUGGAUUUGAAUGAGUGUUAUGAAAUCCAAGAUGAACAAAUUUUAGGGAGUGAGUCAGAACCCGAAGAGAGAUGUUCGUAUGACAAUCAAGGAGAAAUUGAGAUAGAGGAGGAUUCAAUUUUAGUUAUAAAGUACAAAAAUGAUCAUGUUGGGACAGAUAUUUUAGACCUCAUGGAACGGAACAUUGACAAUUGUGUAAUUGAUGGUAAUUCUUAUUACUAUGAGAAUUUUGUGAGAUCAUUCAGCUCUGGAAAUCAUUCUUCUUACGAAGACCAAGCUGGACAAAACUUGAUUGGAUUUGGAGUUAAUCACUGCUAUCUUGUCAAUCAUGACUCUCUUCUGCAAGCUUGUCAUAACUCCGAACUUGUUGAGAUUUUAGAAGACGGGGAGGAGGAAAAUGAUGAGGAACAACAACAACAACGAAACAAAGAUGAAGAUCAGAGGAAAGAGAUAGAAGAAGAGAAACAGGUUGAAGAAACACAAAAAAAGGUAGAGGGAGGGACAGAUGCUAAUAGUGAAGCAGAAAGUUCCAGUAAUAGCAAGAAAAGUCUGGAAGAACUAAAUGAAAAGAUUCAGAGGUUUAAUUUGCUUUUGGAGAAGAUAAAUAAAAUGGAGCAAAUGAAUAUUUCAUUUAAGGAAGCAUUUCUAAGUGAAAAAUGGAAUGCAAGCUCCAAUAUGGCUAGUGGAUUUAAGGAUUUGGAUGAUAAUGAGAACAAACUGGAUGAAAACCAGUCAGAGGAUGACAAAAGCAUUUCUGAAUAUAGUGUUUUGGACACAGUCAAGGAUAUUUAUGACAGUAAUUCACAUAUUAUUUAUAAGGAUGUAAGGAAUAGUAAAUGUGAGAGUUCUUCUGAAAGAUUGGACGAUGUAGAAAACGAACUUGAGCAAGGUGAGGAACAGGUGCAGAGAUAUAUUCAAGCGAUUAAUGACUACUUUGCCAACGAAGGACUUCUAGGUGUGUGUGAGUCAAGACUUAACACUCACAGAUGGGAGAGAAACUAUGAAAACGCUAUGAGUUCCUUAAAUAACCAAUUCAAGGAUUCCUCCUACAACUCGGAUGCCAUCUCCAAGUCAGAUUCCAGUUCUGUUGCUGACUCUGAAGUCGAUUCUGAAGCUAAUAUAGAUAUAGAUGAGAUCAAGGAUGAUGAGGUUAUAGCAGGGAUAGAAAAUAAAAUUAGUGGUGAAGAACAAGAGAAUAGUCUAGUUCCUUUUGGAGAGCCAGGAAAAGUAUUUACCAAUAAGUUAGUCCAUAACAAACAUAACCCAGAAGAAAAAUGCUCAAACCAAGAUUUAAGCCAAAUAAAUGUUGAAGAUACAAAAGCUUUAGUGAAAAGCCCUACAGAAAACCCCCAAUCUACUGCUAAUGCAAGCCAAGAAGCUCACUUGUUUACUGUAAAUCCUGGCCACACUGAAACUGAAAUGGCGGCACCUAACUUAACUUCUGGAACAGUUUUAAUAUCAAGUAACUCAACAAAAUGCCAUCAAAGAGUGAAAAUACCAAUGAUUAACAUCCCUAGCUCAGAUGAUAUUCCCAAAAAAAUAUCUAAACCUGACAUUUUAAAGAAAUCACAAAAUGAUUUUAAUAAAAAAGGAAAAACUUUUUUACAUGCAAACUCUACACAAAAAAAUGUCAGUUUGGCGGGAAAUCAUUCCAAUAAAGAGGCAAAAAAAGAUAAUGAAAUUUUAACAAGACUUUCUCAGUGCAGGGUAAUCAACUCAAAGACCAUAAAACUGGUUACAAACAGCAAUAAAAACUUAAAUGAUAGUGAUAAUAUCAACACAAAUGGAAAUGAACAAAAUACCACAAAUUUAAGACCUAGAAUGAACACAUGUUCUGUUGCAUUUCCAAGUUCUAAUUAUUCACCAUACAUAUAUAAUAAUUUUAAUCAACAUACAAAUAAACUUACAUGCGAAAAAAUAACUAGAGGGCCGGUAUAUAAUAAUAGUUUUGGCGGUAAAUGUGUGAAUAGUCAAAAUAAACCACAAGUUCCUGUCCUGGCAAGAAAAGAACCAAAUUUGGGAUUUAGAUCAUUAAUAAGUAAUGGAAUAAAGGUAAAUGUAACUGAAUUAAUGAAACCAAGAGUGAUUCGUAAGUGA